GAAUGAAUGAAUCAUGAAACAUGAGGGACAGGUCUGCAGAGACGGGGCAGACACACAAGGAACAUAAACAAAAUGCACAUGGCCAAAGUCCGGGCAGAGUCCUGACAAUAAAUCCUAUUUACCCAUUUGUAAAUAGCUUUGGAUGGAAGCAUCUGCUAAAUGAAUACAUUUAUUAUAUUAGCAUUUUAGCAGAUAGCCAAUUAAACUAAACAUUACGCAUAAAAUAAUAAAAUUAAACCUAAACAUACAGUAUAUUAAAUAUAUAAAAUAUCAGACUAUCAACAUAUGACAGAUACCAUAAAAAUCUACUUUUUAUUUUAUAAUACUUCUUAUUCCUAGUAUUUUUUGUAUAAUUUCUGUCAAUGUGUACUUUGUAGCUGUAAUUCUGUAGCCCUACACACUCAACACCUUCACACAAAUAGUACCUAAAUAUAAUCUGUGAAAAAAACCCAUUAAAUCAGGACAAAUAUAACUGAAACAUUACCGAAACCUAACAACAGAUAAAUGCCGGCGCUUACUUUCGUUUCAGAAAAUGACUCGAUCCACAAGAGUCGAUUCUUUAAAGAACAUGAACUGUGUAUAAAGUAAGAAUGCAUUUUUGUAUUUGGCCAAACUUCGCCAGAGGAAUCAAUUUGAAUGAACCGAUUCCUGGUUUUGGCAUCAUUUAUAAAGCAUCCCGACGUACAAGUUUCCAUUUUACAGGAAAUAGUGGAAAUAGUAGAGCUGUUUACAGUGUAAACAAAGUAAGAUUAUUUGCUAAUAACUAUUUGUCUAUUUUCCGAGUGUAUUAGCUGUGAGAGAUGAGCGCGAGUCUAAGUGAACAGUAUGAGGAGAAGGUGCGUCCGUGCAUCGACCUGAUCGACUCUCUGCGCGCGCUCGGUGUGGAGAAGGACCUCGCGCUGCCCGCCAUCGCCGUAAUCGGAGACCAGAGCUCGGGGAAGAGCUCGGUGCUGGAGGCGCUGUCCGGAGUCGCGCUGCCCCGCGGGAGUGGUAUUGUGACAAGAUGUCCACUGGAGCUGAAGAUGAAGAGGAGCCAAGAGAAAGACUUCUGGCAUGGAAAGAUCAAGUACAAGAAAGAUAAUGAUCAGGAUUAUGAGGAAGAUAUCGAAGAUCCAGCAGAUGUGGAGAAAAGGAUUAGGGAAGCACAGGACCAUAUGGCUGGGGUCGGUGUGGGCAUUAGUGAUGAUCUCAUCAGCCUGGAAGUGACGUCAGCUGAUGUUCCUGACCUUACACUCAUUGAUCUGCCUGGUAUUGCCCGUGUAGCAGUUAAAGGCCAACCGGAGAACAUUGGAGAACAGAUUAAGAGGCUGAUCCGAAAGUUCAUCGUGAAACAAGAAACCAUCAACCUGGUGGUGGUGCCGUGUAACGUGGACAUUGCCACUACUGAAGCGCUGAAGAUGGCACAGGAAGUUGAUCCAAAUGGCGAAAGAACCCUUGGCAUCCUAACAAAGCCUGACCUGGUGGAUAAAGGCACAGAGGAUACAGUGGUGUCCAUCAUCAAUAACGAAAUCAUUUACCUUACUAAGGGCUACAUGAUUGUCAGGUGUCGAGGGCAGAAAGAGAUCAUGGACCGCGUCUCUCUGCUUGAAGCCACCGAGAAGGAGAAGGACUUCUUUAAAGAGCACCCACAUUUCAGUGAGCUGUAUGAAGAAGGCAAGGCCACCAUUCCGAACCUGGCUGAGAAACUCACGCUUGAACUUGUCCAUCACAUUGAGCUAUCUCUUCCACGACUGGAGGAGCAGAUUGAGGUCAAGCUGGCUGAAACUCAAGCUGAAAUGGAUCGUUAUGGCUCGGGGCCUCCUACAGAACUAGGAGAGAGGAUCUUCUUUCUGAUUGAUAAAGUCACAGCGUUCACUCAGGAUGCUAUUAACCUCACGACAGGAGAGGAACUGAAGAACGUCCAACAUCUCAACAUCUUCUCGAGCCUGCGGAUGCAGUUUGCUCUCUGGAAGACUCAUCUGGACAAAUCAGGCGAGGCGUUUAACAUGAGGAUUGAAAAGGAAGUGAAUGAAUAUGAAGAAAAAUACAGAGGCAGAGAACUCCCAGGAUUCAUCAAUUACAAGACGUUUGAGGUGAUGGUGAAGGACCAGAUCAAACAGCUGGAGGAACCUGCCAUCAGGAGACUGAAAGAAAUCUCAGAUCUUAUUAGGAAGAACUUUGUUCAACUGGCCCAACAGAGCUUCACAGGCUUCCCUAAUCUCCUCAAAAUGACAAAGGCUAAGAUCGAGUCCAUAAAGCAGGCAAAGGAGUCGGAGGCCGACUCAAUGCUGAGGACUCAGUUUAAGAUGGAGCUGAUUGUCUACACUCAAGACAGCAUGUACAGCAACACCCUGAGCAUGCUGAAGCAAGAAGGAGAGAGAGAGAAGAACCUAAAUGAUGGCAUGACGACAUGUAACCCAGUUCGUAUUUACUCAAGUAGUUUAUUCACUCAGUUGGACAACAAAGCCACUCUUGAGGAACUCACGUUUCACCUCAAGUCUUAUUACAGUAUUGCAUGUAAGCGUCUGGCUGACCAGUUGCCGCUGGUGAUCAGGUACCUGUUGCUGCAGGAGUCGGCAGCACAGCUGCAGAGGGAAAUGCUACAGCUCCUGCAGGAAAAAAGCAACACGGAUCAGCUGUUGAAAGAAGAUCAUGACAUCGGUAGCAAACGCAACAACCUGCAGAGCCGCCUUAAGCGUCUGUUGGAGGCCCGCGACUACUUGGUCAGGUUUUAGAGUUAUAUAUAGUGUAUACUUUGGAAAUGGUGUUAAUGUUGAUCAUUUUAAUGAAGAAAAAGAAAAAAAGAUACAUAAAAUAUAUGAAUGCUGUAAUGAACUAAUAAAAUGACAAACAAAACAUAA